CCACUUUUUUCAUCAAUAAUGUCAAUUUUGAUAGAAAAGUCAAUUUAAUCAUUUGAUUUUUAACAUAAUUAUUUAAGUUUUAAAUAUUAAUCUUGAAUAACAUGCUACGAAUUGAAAUGAAUGAAUAGAUUUAAUUAAUAAAAUAUUAUAUCUUGAGUCAGUCUAACUAUUUAAAAACAUCUUAUGCAAUUUCAUAAUUAACAUCAGUAUUAUUUUGUAUAACUAUACUUCUAGUUUAGUUUCUAUCUAUUUACACUAAUAUGUUAACAAAAUUUUGAUUCUAUGAUUCCAAAAUCCUGGCUCCGCCCAUGAUGGUUACGCGGCAAAAAUAAAAAAAGUUGCAACCUUAGAAGUUAGAACACACCGGGGAAAGGUGGAUGGUGGUGGCCGGUGGCCGGUGGAUGCUACGUGCGGGGGUUGGCUGUCCUCGCGCUGCGUUACGAGAAAAAUGAAACGACACGACGUCGCUUCCAAUUAAGACUAGUGAGUAGUGACUGAGUGGCGCCACCCCUUGGGCUGGGCCCGUAAUAGGCAUUUAUGAAUUCUGGUCCGGGCCAUCAGAUUGAAUUGCAGCCAUAUAAUUGCUCGCCUUAUGGGGCCCGUUGAAUCACGGCAUAUUAAUUGCACAGGCCCGCUGGGCUGGUGCGGAAAGUUGAAAGAGAUGGUGAAUGGGAAUUGACAGAAAGGUUACUAUUAUUGUACCAAAAGAAAAAUGUUAUUAUUGACUAAUGUUAUUAUUAGCUGGGUUAGAAACUUAGAAUCAGUUCUCUUAAGUCUUAUGUGUGGUCGCAAAGGUUAUUAUUGACAAAUGUUAAGCUCGAAAGGCUGCAGAUGUGAGACAAGGUCGGAAACUUGUUAGAUGAAGCACCCAUGUCCAACAUUUCGUUUGUUGGUCAAGUUCAUAGCAGGAUGGAUUGGACAGACCCAUUUGGUAGCUCGUAAUGCCCCAAUUUUCGUCAGCUCGCAUAUUGCAAGAUCGGCCUCUGUUUCUUAGUUACAUUGUCACAUAAACUAGUUCCACUACAACUGAAUCUUAGUUUCCUCGUUAUGAGUGAACUAAUGACAAAAAAAAAAAAUGGAAUAGACAGAAAAGCCACAGGAUUGCUCAUGUCUAGUUCAUCCAAAACUAAGUUACUAACACACACUCAAGAAGUAAGCUGAAAUAGAGCCAUCCCUCGCUCCAACAAUUAUCACUAUUUAAUUACAUCAUUUUAUAACCUAAUUACACAAUACAACACCAAUGAAAAAAUUAUAAUCCCCCCAAAACCGUAACUAACUCCGGAUUCCAACUCAGGUUAGCAUAUGACAGACUAACAGCAGCCUACUUUCAGUUCCAUACAGCUCCAAGGGACCAGUUCCUUGGCUCGAAGCUCGGUUUCUGCUCGACCCUCUUCUAACGCAACAUCAACAUCUAGCCUCUUGGUUUUCAAAGGUAUAAUGACAUGAAUCAACAACAAUAAAUAGUGAUGCAUGUGCUGCCACGAAGAUCAAAUACACACAUUGUCGCAUACCCAUCUUGCUAAUGCUCAUCUUGUACUUUCAAGGACACGAGCUCGCUUUCUUGCCCUGUACUACUAGAUUUUGCAGUGUUAGCAGGCAACCACCUUUGCAGCCUCUCAGGACAGAACCUGGAAAAAUAUUUCAGGCAUCCCAGCCACCUCCAGUUACAUGGUAUCACAUGAUUGAUCAUUUAGGAACAGAGCAAACAAGAAAACAAAUUACAGAAUCAUCUAGCCUGUUAAUGCUAGAGUAUAACUGAAUAUGAACUAAUCUAGUAAUCUCAAGGCAACAUGUUUCCAAAAUCAUCCAACAGCAAAUUGUACUGUAUCAGAAUUCGAACACCGACUAUUCCAUGGAAGCACAUCAGCAGGUUUUUCCGGGCAAGAAAUAGCAUUAAACAAACGCAAGACAAGACCCCAAUCUCCCUAAUCUUCCUACUUAUACUCAUAAACACAGCAAUGCAAGGUGAGAUUGCAGCAGCAAGCCAGCAACAGUAGCAUUCACAAGAAAAUCUCUAGAUAAAAGUAAGACCAUACCAUAAAAUGAGUGUCCUCAAAGGUCCAUCAAGCAUAAGAUGUGUCAUUAAAAACAAUUAAUAUAGGAAAGUAGAUAUCAAUGCCAAUCAAAUUGAUGAAUAUGGCGAAGUUUUAUCUUACAGGUCCAAUCUUUCAGAGAUUGCCCGCCGGACCGAUGAAUUCAACCCAUAUGCUAUCGAGUUGAAGAGCCCCUGUAAGAACAGGAGAGAUAAUUAACACCUCAUCUGUGAAAUGGCCAGACUAGUCUGUCAUGAAAUGCAUCCAAGCCAUGCUAAUUUAAACUAAAACCCAAUAUGACAGGGCAGCGUACUGCAACCCCAAAAGUGAAAAGGAAAAGAAACUGCACAGGGCAAUGCCAAUAUUGACUUUUUAAGAACGGCCAUCAAUUAUUACAGGCCGGAAAUAUAGCUGUAACUGUAAACCUACCAAACCCCACCAAUGGAAGUUUUCACCCUGCCAUUCUCAUGGCUAAUCAAGAUACACUCAACUG